AUGCCGAGAGUUGUUGUAGGCCUGUGUUUAAUGUAUCAGCCUCCUCAAGAUAUUCCUCAGCAGAUUGCCUCCAGUGGCAAAGUAUCUUUGAGCAAAGAGGAUACCAUGAAGAGUAUAGGAGAAAUGUUCAUUCUUUCCUCGGCCAAAUGA